AUGGGAAGGUUGUUUCUGCUGUCUCUUGAAGGACAUGUCUAUAGCUGCAAGCACUGCAGAACCCAUCUUGCUCUUGCUGAUGACAUUCUCUCUAGGUCGUUUCACUGCAGGCAUGGAAGGGCUUAUCUUUUUGAUAAUGUUGUAAAUGUCACUGAUGGAGAGAAAGAAGAGCGGAUCAUGAUAACAGGACUGCAUACUGUUGUUGACAUCUUCUGUGUUUCAUGUGGCUCAAUUGUGGGCUGGAAAUAUGAGGCUGCUCAUGAGAAAAGCCAGAAGUACAAGGAAGGGAAAUUUAUCCUUGAGAGAUUCAAGAUUCUGGGUCCUGAUGGAAGUCACUACUUGAUAGCCCCGGAAGCUCAGUUUGGUGGAAGUGAUGUUGAGGAGGCUUGAUUUAUCAUUCGUUAACAAAUUGCACAAUAAUAAUGUAUAUUCUUUAGGAC